UUGUGCUGAGCUGCGCGCUCGUCUGUCUGUCUGGCUCGUUCGUCGGCGGCUGCUGCUGCUGCUGUUCUGCCGACCUGCGCUUUGUGGGCGCUGCGCUCGCUUGCCGCGGUCGAGAGGCGCCGGCGGGGCUCCCGGAGCAGCGGACCUCUCCGCCGGAGGAGCCAUGCUGCUUCCCUCAGGCGGGACCGCUCGGAGUGGAAACUGUGCAACAUGCAGCAGCUGAGAGCCCGGCUGGCGGCUCGCACCUCUCGGAGAAAAGGAUUGCGCCGGGGAGGCGGAGAAGGCAGCAGGAGAGCAUGAGGAGAGAAGACUAGGGAGAGAGAGAGACAGACAGAUCCGGGCGGCUCGCCUUGCUGUAGCUUUGAUUUAUUUUAUUUUUACCUCAGUUUUGUUGGGGGAGGCGGCGGCGGCGGCUUGGGUUGGGGAGGGGGUCCGCUCGCCGCUUUCCUUGGGGGUGGGCGGGGAAGGAAUAACGGAGCGGCGCCGUCGUGGGAGCCGAGAGCCGGCGGCAGCAGCCUCGCCUGGCGUGGCCUGCCUGUGAGAGAGCGGCGGACGGAGCUCCCCCGGCCCCGUCGCCGUCGCCAUGGGCAAUGCGGGGAGCAUGGACUCUCAGCAGACGGACUUCAGGGCGCACAGUGUGCCGCUCAAGCUGCCCAUGCCCGAGCCCGCGGAACUGGAGGAGAGGUUCGCCGUCGUGCUGAAUGCAAUGAAUUUGCCUCCUGACAAAGCAAGGCUACUUCGACAGUACGACAAUGAGAAGAAGUGGGAGCUGAUCUGUGAUCAGGAAAGAUUUCAAGUCAAGAAUCCUCCACACACAUAUAUCCAGAAAUUAAAAGGCUAUCUCGAUCCAGCUGUAACUAGGAAGAAAUUUAGGAGAAGAGUUCAAGAAUCUACACAAGUAUUACGAGAACUAGAAAUUUCUUUAAGAACCAAUCACAUUGGGUGGGUCAGGGAGUUUUUGAAUGAAGAAAACAAAGGCUUGGAUGUUUUGGUAGAGUAUUUGUCUUUUGCACAGUAUGCAGUCACAUUUGACUUUGAAAGCUUGGAAAACAACAUGGAAAACUCAAUGGAUAAAUCUAAGCCUUGGAGUCGAUCCAUUGAAGACCUCCAUCGAGGAAGUAACCUCCCCUCUCCCGUUGGCAAUAGCAUUACCCGCUCUAGCAGACAUUCUACUCUACGGUAUAACACCUUACCAAGCAGAAGAACACUUAAAAAUUCAAGAUUAGUGAGUAAAAAGGAUGAUGUCCAUGUCUGCAUCAUGUGUUUACGUGCCAUCAUGAAUUACCAGUACGGGUUCAAUAUGGUCAUGUCGCACCCCCAUGCUGUUAACGAAAUUGCACUAAGCCUGAACAACAAGAAUCCCAGAACAAAGGCGCUGGUCUUAGAACUGUUGGCAGCAGUUUGUCUUGUAAGAGGAGGGCACGAAAUCAUUUUGUCUGCCUUUGAUAAUUUUAAAGAGGUUUGUGGGGAAAAGCAGAGGUUUGAGAAGCUGAUGGAACAUUUUCGAAAUGAAGAUAACAAUAUAGAUUUCAUGGUGGCGUGUAUGCAGUUCAUCAACAUAGUGGUUCACUCAGUAGAGGACAUGAAUUUCAGAGUUCACCUCCAGUAUGAAUUUACUAAGCUAGGCCUGGAUGAAUACCUAGAUAAACUGAAACACACAGAAAGCGAUAAGCUGCAGGUGCAGAUUCAAGCUUACCUGGACAACGUGUUUGAUGUGGGAGCUUUACUUGAAGAUGCGGAAACCAAGAACGCUGCCUUGGAAAGAGUAGAAGAACUGGAAGAAAAUAUAUCUCAUUUAUCAGAAAAACUGCAAGAUACAGAAAAUGAAGCUAUGGCAAAGAUUGUGGAACUGGAAAAACAACUCAUGCAGAGGAACAAAGAACUGGAUGUCGUUCGAGAAAUAUACAAGGAUGCGAACACACAGGUUCACACGCUGAGGAAAAUGGUCAAAGAGAAAGAGGAAGCUAUUCAACGACAGUCAACGCUGGAGAAGAAGAUCCAUGAACUGGAGAAGCAAGGGUCCAUUAAAAUUCAGAAGAAAGGAGAUGGUGAUAUCAACAUUCUUCCUGUUGGGGUGGCUUCUGGGACAUUGCCCUCAGGGGCAGAAGCUGCCACAGGCACUUGUGGAGGAUCAGCUUCCGGCUCUGCACCUUCGGUUCUGUUGCCCCCUCCACCACCACCCUUGCCAUUGUCAGAAUCAGAAUCGGAAGCAGUUCAAAAUGGUCCUGUGACACCACCGAUGCCUCCUCCCCCUCCCCCGCCUCCUCCCCCUCCUCCCCCACCUCCUCUUCCUGGCCCAGCUGCAGAACCAGGACUGGCCCCUCCAGUCCCACCCCCACCCCCACCAUCAGCACCUCCUCUUCCAGGAACAGCCUCCCCUACAGUCGUUUUCAACUCAGGAUUAGCAGCUGUGAAAAUCAAGAAGCCAAUUAAGACAAAGUUCCGCAUGCCAGUUUUUAACUGGGUGGCUCUGAAACCCAAUCAGAUUAAUGGGACAGUCUUCAAUGAAAUUGAUGACGAAAGGAUAUUGGAGGAUUUAAAUGUGGAUGAAUUUGAAGAAAUAUUCAAGACAAAAGCCCAAGGCCCGGCCAUUGAUCUUUCUUCAAGCAAGCAAAUAACUCAAAAGGGAUCAAACAAAGUCACGCUAUUGGAAGCAAACAGGGCUAAAAAUCUUGCGAUCACCUUAAGGAAAGCUGGAAAGACUGCAGAUGAGAUAUGCAAAGCUAUUCAGGCGUUCGAUUUGAAGACUCUACCAGUGGAUUUUGUCGAAUGCCUGAUGAGAUUUUUGCCCACGGAAAACGAAGUGAAAAUGUUGCGGCUUUAUGAGCGGGAGAGGAAGCCCCUUGAGAACCUCUCAGACGAGGAUCGUUUCAUGAUGCAGUUCAGCAAGAUUGAGAGGCUGAUGCAAAAGAUGACCAUCAUGGCAUUCGUUGGCAAUUUUGCAGAAAGCAUCCAGAUGCUGACUCCACAACUUCAUGCAAUAAUUGCAGCAUCUGUCUCAAUAAAGUCAUCUCAGAAACUCAAGAAAAUCCUGGAGAUAAUCUUGGCUCUGGGUAACUAUAUGAACAGCAGUAAACGAGGAGCUGUUUAUGGAUUUAAACUGCAGAGCUUAGAUCUGUUACUGGACACAAAAUCGACAGACAGGAAACAAACUCUAUUGCACUAUAUAUCAAAUGUUGUGAGAGAGAAAUAUCAGCAAGUAUCGCUUUUUUACAAUGAGCUUCACUAUGUGGAGAAAGCUGCUGCAGUAUCCCUUGAAAAUGUUCUGUUGGAUGUAAAGGAACUCCAAAGAGGUCUCGACCUAACGAAGCGAGAGUACACCAUGCACGAUCACAACACCAUGCUGAAGGAGUUUAUUCAGAACAAUGAAGGGAAACUGAAGAAGCUGCAGGAUGAUGCAAAAAUAGCUCAGGAUGCCUUUGAUGAUGCUGUGAAGUAUUUUGGAGAGAAUCCCAAGACGACACCUCCAUCAGUCUUCUUCCCAGUCUUUGUUCGAUUUGUGAAAGCUUACAAGCAAGCAGAAGAGGAGAACGAGUUGAGGAAAAAGCAACAACAGGCAUUGAUGGAAAAACUUCUGGAGCAGGAGGCACUGAUGGAGCAGCAAGACCAAAAGUCUCCGUCUCAUAAAACGAAGAGGCAGCAGCAAGAGCUGAUUGCAGAGCUAAGACGGCGACAAGUCAAGGACAAUAGACAUGUGUACGAGGGGAAGGAUGGAGCUAUCGAAGAUAUCAUCACAGCCUUAAAGAAGAAUAAUAUCACUAAAUUUCCAAAUGUUCACUCGAGGGUAAGGAUUUCUUCUAGCACACCGGUGGUGGAGGAUACACAGAGCUGGCAAGCAUCACUUUUUACUUAGCUUCCUCCUCUCUCUGUAUGCCAACACAAAAACUGCUGCAAAUCACAGCCAAGUUUAAGAUAAAGGAGGGAUGACGCUGUAAGCGUUUAGCAGCGUUGCUGGUGCUUUUCAGUCUUUCUUCUGUUGUGUGUUUUUAUCUGUAGCGUGUGGGAUGGAUUAAUCUGCAGCUCUUGCCUGUGCUGGAUGACGUCACAUCACUUAGUGGCUCCUCCCUUUCCAGACUCUUCCACAAGAUAGAUGUUGUUGCCUCUGUGUUGUACUGAUGAGUCUGUGUUCUGCAGAGAGGGAAGGGGCACAAAGUAGGGUUGCCAACUAUUUUACAGGCUCUGUGCUCCUUUUUUUUUUUAACAGCAGCCCAUCAAACAGCAAUAUAGCAUUUCCUGACACAAGCAUACAGUGUAUAAAGCUUUGCCCGUUCCUUUUCCAUAUGCCAGGUGGUUCCAAAAGGCAUUUUGCCAUACUAAAGAAAUGUGUGAACCUCUCAGAAAUGGGAGCUUACGUGCAAAGAUUUAUUUGUGUGCUCUGUCUACCCUGCAAGGACAGUGGAUUCAGGCACUAUUAGUGAAGCAAACCCUAGGAAAAGAGAAAAGGCUGUGUGUGGAUCUUAUGGCUCUUAGUUGCAACUUAGCAAUUAACUAUUAUUCCCACAUCUACUAGCCGCCCCUGCCUCCCCAAUUGGGUCUUUGGGAGCCUCCUGUGAUUUACAGCCAGUUGCUUUAUCCAAAAGACCUCGGGGGGCUGCUAGUGAAUCCUAUUCUUGUAGGCUGAGUAAGCGCUACAACUAAAUCUUCCCUGCGAGGGGGGACUGUCAUUCUCUUUGCUCCUCUUUUAACAACGGCACCUUUGUUUGCCUUUCUGCUUCAGUAGCAGCGCUUCCCAUAGCAAUGGCAGCCAUCCUUACACUGUACGCUGCCACUGAGAGCAUUUGGCUGGCUUCUUCGAAUUAUCAGUGCGGGCUCUGGGAGUAUCAGCUAUGUUGAGGGGCAAUUCCUCUGAAAGUGCCCGUUUCCUGUAUCCAUCUCAUUCUCCUGGAGCAGGAGUGUGCAUGGACCUUAGAAUAAAAUCUAAGAAAAAACAAUGGAGAAUUGUGUGUGUGUGUGUGUAUGGAUAGCACCUUCGUGCUGCUAUGUAUGGGAUGUAUGGGCGUGUGUGUGAGUAGGGAGUUUAUAGGGAACCCUGUUGGUGGAAAGGGAAACAAAUUCAGGAUAGGUGUGUGCUUUUUGCUCCUGAUGCAGCACUGUCCCCAGUUUCAGCAAAUAAUAAUAAUAAUGAUAAUAAUAAUAAUAAUAAUGAUGAUGAUGAUGAUUUAUUAUUAAUACCCCGCCCAUCUGGCUGGGUUUCCCGAGCCACUCUGGGUGGCUUCCAACAGAAUAUUAAAAUACAAUAGUCUAUUGAAGCAAAUGGGACUGGCCAUGUGGCUGCUGCUCACAGUGGCAUUGUAGGGUAGGGUAAUGCUGUUGGGGCAGCAGCCACAAGCAGUCCUACCCACGUCAUUCCCUUCUUUUAAGCAUAAUCAGGACCGCGCCACUGCUAGCAGUGUAGACCAACUGGCUUUUAAAAGUGCCAAUGUAAUACAGUAGUCAAAACUGCUGGCAUUAAGCAAGUACAGAUUGUGCAAAUUGUGAAUGGUUUGGUAGGUUGCUGUAGUCUGGAAAUCUAGCACAGCUGGGGAGGUGUGAUUUUAAAGAGCUAAGGGACCUCCAGGGUAGAAGGGGGGGGGGGUUGGGAAAGAGGAGCAGUGCCUGCUUAUUGUUUUUGCUGCUGCUGUUUUAUUUAAAAAACCUGGAAGGCUUCAGAUUGGCUUGCUGGUCAUACCACUAGCAAACACAAUAGAUUUGCCUCCUGUGGGAAGCAGAAAUUGGUAGCAUGUGGGGCAAAGGAGUCGCCAGCUGGAUCUACACUGAUCUGGAAAACACUAUAAAAAUAUAGCUCUCAAUGCAAUUUCACAUGGGCAACACUACAGCGCCCUGUUGUCCCAUUUUUAUAACACAUUUUUCACAUUAUAACUCACCAGUAUAGAAGAGUCUGAGGUCAGUUUGAAGAGGUUGGGAGAAUGAAUGAAGCCUGGGUCUCAGGGAAAAUUAGUGGCAAGUGACAGCCAACCAGCAUUAGCAUCUAACCCUGCUGCCAUCCUGUCUUGUGUGUGUGUUUUUAAAAAUAA